GAUGUUUAGAUAGCCCUCGCGGCUGACAGCAGGUGUACGUUAAUUACCAAUGUGACUCGUGUCAAUCGUCCGUACGUAUUUUGCUAAGGAAACGUUGUCAUCGUUUAAUCAUCCAUAAAUCUCGCCCGUGGAGAAAAUAAUGUGGUUUUGAAACUUGUAUUUAAUUUUUAACCAACUUUACUGAUUAUGAGAGGAGAAACAACGGAGAAUGAGGUGGUGGCGGUCGACAAUGGAUGGAGUGCAGCAGAAAGUGCAGCUGUGGAAAGACCUAGUAUUGGGACGCUACAAAAAUUGCAAAAGAAAGUUUCCAAAAGCCCUUUCCGUAAUCAAUACCAGUCUCUUGUUUCAUCAACCUCUGGCUCCAGUGGAUCAUCUGUGAACCAGUCUCGAAACAAACAGGAAUCUGGCAGCAAAGGUCAUGUAAUGGAGGACGUAGGGAAAAGAACUUCAAAAGAAGUAACCCUUGAUGGCGUUUUUGUCCCUCCACCUAAUUUUAAGAGUUCGCCUCACGAUCUUCAUCCUGAAAUGAAGACUGUGGAAAAUGGAGCUGAAUAUUCUGAACAUCCAAAGGACCUAUUCAAGACCCUUGCUUCCAACGCCAUGCAAGGCAGUUUCCAGACACCAACAUCGGCCCAAAACGUAUCUGCCAAUGGCCAUUUUAAUGACUUAAGCCCGAACUCACCAGAUUUAUUUAAGCCAAUCCCCACUCAAACACAGAACUUCUCAAAAACCUUGCAUUUAAAAAGCCCUGACCUGUUUAAAGAUGAUGUCAAUCUUUUCCAGUCUGCUAAAGGAGAGAGGUUAUUUCACACUGAACGCACUACAGAGGUAAACAUCUUUGAUGAAUCUUCCAGUAUUUUUGUAGACCCAUUCAAACCUCCAUCAAACAUGGAGGAUAAUCUGUUCCAGUCUCCACGGCCAAUGAUGGCGAAUCCAUUCUAUGCUGCCACGACCAAAGAAGUAGAUUUGUUUCAAACAGUUCAGACUGAAAGUGGAGAACUCUUCAACAUCAGGGGAAACAAACAAGAUCCCUCUACCAAAAAGGAUGUUUUUGGCAUGUCUUUGUGGAAGGAAAAUCUGGAUAUAUUUUCAUGUUCAUCUACAAAUUCAGUUGACCCAUUCCCAAGCCCAAUUGCAAGGGAUUUAUUCCAGGACCUUUCCAGCUUGGAUGACCCGUUCAGUACUACUCCUUCAAGACAGUCUGACCCGGUCCUUUCUGGGACUCCAGACCUCUUCCUACCGUUUCCCUCCGACACUAAUGGCAGGGAUAUAUUUGGGAUAACCUACAGCAAUACAGCCUUUAAGGCCUCAGACUGUACACCUUCACUCAACAGUCCGUCAAAAAUUAAGUUGGACACGUUUUCGUCACCAGAUCCCUUCAAGGCAACGCCAUCAGAAUCUCAUGCAGCCGUCCACGCAAAGUCUUUCGACAGGCCAAAUGAUAUUUUCUUGACUACUCCUGAGGGAACCAAGUCUGAUAUUUUACAGCAGAGUCCCUUCAGUCGGGCAAGGAAUAUGGCCAUGUCAUCCAGACAAUCUCCAGCUGACAUGACUCAUGUGCCAACCUUCAAACGUCCACCAAAGCCACUGCCUCGAACUAGACCACCAAAACCAGAAAGGCCACCUCCACCCACACUCUCAAACCCUGUUGAACCUGAAGCAACUGUACCAAAAGUUGCUCCCAAACCGGCCUUCAGACCACUCCCAAAACCAGUUAUUCAACACCAAACAAAAACUCCGGAAAGUAAACCGAUUGAAGCUGAGAACUAUCCCGUCUUUGAGGACAUCCUGCUUAUUGGACAGGAAAGGUGUGUUGAAGACUGGCCUACAGACAGCCCUGAACUUGACCCUGACUUCAAACCAUCUGGAACAUUAAGACUCAGACGAGAAUCAAUGAAAAUAAAGGCAGACUUUGAUGGAGGAAGUGGUGAGGAUCAGGAUGUCUCUGGGAGUCACGGCAAGAAAAAGGAUAGAAAGUUCAGAUUGUCCAUGCUUUCCAGAAGAGGGUCAAAUGAGAAGUUUCCUGAUGACACAAAGGAUGAGAGGAGUAAGACACUACCAACCUCUCGUAAAUCAUCAAAGGAUUUUUCAGACCUAAACAUGCCUGCACAAGAGAAUGACGAUGAGUUGCAGAAUGGGAUGGACUAUAAGAAGAAACAUUUGAAGACCAAAGUCAAUCAGCUGCUAAGAAGAGCAUCCCUUGCUUCUCCCGUGGCAGAGGGAAAGCACAUGCACAGACAUUUACCUCGGGAAUCAAAGGAUUCUGACAUUAAUGAGAAAAAAGUCGGCAAAAAAAACCCCAUCAUACGCCGAUGGUCAGAGGGGACAGUUUUGGGUGAGGGUACUGGCGUGGAGGGGGGAUUGGAAGCCCAGCAUGGAGAGGUUGAUCGCCAUGGAUUUAAGGAAAAAAAGAGGGUGAAAAUCAGGUUUGUGCCACACAGAGGAUACGUCAUCGCUGUAGAAAAGGGAGCACAGAGAUACACACCUCGCAAAAGCUCAAAGGAGAAAUCCCAAGAUGAAGUUUUGGGUGCACAAGGCUACACACCUCAGAAGAAGUCCCAGGGUGAUGCUUUAGUGGAUGUAGAGGAGAGAGGCCACAGUCUCCAUUCAUCUUGUAAGGCUGCUUCCACGGACGAGAAGCACUUUCAGAAAACACACCGCAGGUCUGCUGAAUUGAGUGGAGAUGAAGAUCCAUAUGCAAUGGGAGACUGCCAUCCUAUAAAAACAACAAAUAUGAAGCUGCUGCACAUGGGUCGUCAAAGCUCAAAGGAGGACAUGCUGGAGGACAUCAGUUGCCAGAAAAAGAAGAGCAGCUUCUCUGCAGACGAGUUAGAUGAUGACAACUGGAUGGAGGACCGCAAACCGAAAACAUCCAAACAUAAAGGCCCUAUUCCCAUCCCAGGCACAGCUAAGACAGCUUAUGGACAGAGUGAAGCGACUGGAUUCAGCCACCAGAUUCCUCAGCAAGCAUCCAAUGAUCCCUUUGCUGAGGAUGACUUCACUCAAACAGGAAAAGAUUGCAUGUAUGACUCGGAAGAAGAUGAAGUAGAAACCUGCAAACCGAAGAAGCCAUCUAAACUUAAAGUUUUCAAAAAACCCAAGGGCAAAGCCAUGCAUCAAGCGUGUGAAGAUCCGCCCGGAGCUACGUCAAGUGACUACCUGUCAGAUGCCGCCAAGGCUGAGUGGCUGGCUUCUCAGAUGGAUGAACAGGCUAUAGCAGAUCUGGAGAAUGAAGAUGAGGACGGGGACACUGACAGUUUGAUGGAGUGGUGGGGCUCUGUGGAGCAAUGGGAUGAGGUGCCAUCGGACGAUGAGGACACACUCCUAAAGGAGGAUGAGUCAAAGUCAUUCACCAUCUUAGCGGACAAAGUUCAUCGGGGCCUGCGCGUCUUCAACAAAUUCUUCGUAGAGCGAGCUGAGGCCCUCUGGCAGUCCGUCAUCAUCCUCCACGCCAUCGCCGACGACAUCAACAUGUUCCAUCACAAGGCCAAGAUCGCCGGGCUCACUGGUGGCACCGCCACAGCCGUGGGGGGUGUGACAGCCAUCACCGGUUUGGCUCUGUCCCCCUUUACCUUCGGUCUCUCUCUCAUAAUUACCGCGGUUGGUGUGGGUGUGGCCACAGCUGGAGGAAUCACUUCAGCCUCUGCUGCCAUCUCAGAUAACGUUAACAACAUGCACGACCGGAAGAAGGUGGAGAAAGUACUGGAGGACUUCGACGAUCACCUGGAGACCAUUGGGAAGGUCCUCCACUUUGUCAAUCAGGGCUUGUACAAACUCCGUGGCCAUCCUUUACUCAGGACCGGCACCCAACACUACUCGGAGGACUGGGAGAUCCGCAGGGCCGUCCAGAUGAUCGGCUUAGUCGACUCGCCCGUGAUGCGGGGGGUGGAGAUAACGGACGAGGCCAUCGCCUCGCUCCGAGGACUCUUCACAGGCAUUGACAAGUACUUCAUCAAGGAAACCCGAGAGCUGAAGAAAGGCUGCAAGAAAGAGGUAGUGGGUCAAAUAAAGGAGGUGGCAAAUGUGCUAAAUGGUGGGCUAGUGGAGCUCAAUGCAAUCAGAGAGGAGCUCCAGGAUGCUACUGGAGACAUGUGAGCACCAUCCUGCACAAUGCCACCUGGACUGGAGUUAUUCACCACCACCCCCCUCUCCUGGCUAAAUGAGGGAACUGUUGUAAAAAAAAAUUAUGGGCCCACGAGGUCAGUACCUGUUGUUAGGCAGUUUUAGACUUUUUAUUAAAAUGGCGUACAAAGUUUUUUU